AUGCCGGUAGGGCUUGCGUAUUGGUACAGCGUCCAGUGGCGAGAUGAGCCUGAUGGAUACCGGUGGGCCGACUCAUGGCUGCCCAGGAAGCGUUUGCUGGAGGACGGCUUUGAGAAAGCAUGUGCGGUCGUGGACAUGUGGAAAGCGUCUAAGACAACGAAAGAAGACGUCUGGCACAACAUCGCCCAAGACUACUACGGCCAAGAAGACUACGGCCAAGAUGGCCACCGCCAAAACGACUACGGCCAAGACGACUACGGCCAAGAAGACUGUGGUCACAACGUCUACUGCCACAACGACUACGGGCAAGACGACUACGGCCAAGACGAAGCGGCAACACUUUCAACCGACUUCCACGAACAAUCCAAAACGUGUUCGAUACAGCAGUCGAGUGACUGA